CGGGGGCUUCUCCGGGUCCGCGCACACCCUGAGCCGCCAGGACCCGCGCCGAACCUCCCCGUGGCCCGGCUGCGCCCGGUCCUGAGCGGUACCAUGACGUGGGGUGCAGGCAGCCCCCUGGCCUGGCUCUCAGCUGGCUCUGACAACGUGAAUGUGAGCAGUGUGGGCCCAGCAGAGGGUCCCACGGGCCCAGCUACAACACUGCCCUCGCCCAGGGCCUGGGAUGUGGUGCUGUGCAUCUCAGGCACCCUGGUGUCCUGCGAAAAUGCGCUGGUGGUGGCCAUCAUCGUGGGCACUCCCACCUUCCGCGCCCCCAUGUUCCUGCUAGUGGGCAACCUGGCUGUGGCAGACCUGCUGGCAGGCCUAGGCCUGGUCCUACACUUUGCUGCUGUCUUCUGCAUUGGCUCGGUGGAGAUGAGCCUGGUGCUGGUGGGUGUGCUGGCAAUGGCCUUUACCGCCAGUGUCGGCAGCCUACUGGCCAUCACUGUUGACCGCUACCUUUCUCUGUACAAUGCCCUCACCUACUACUCGGAGACAACAGUAACACGGACCUACGUGAUGCUGGCUCUAGUGUGGGGGGGUGCCCUGGGCCUGGGGCUGCUGCCUGUGCUAGCCUGGAACUGCCUAGAUGGCCUGAUCACAUGUGGCGUGGUAUAUCCACUCUCCAAGAACCAUCUGGUGGUCCUGGCCAUUGCCUUCUUCAUGGUGUUUGGCAUCAUGCUGCAGCUCUAUGCCCAGAUCUGCCGCAUCGUCUGCCGCCAUGCCCAGCAGAUUGCCCUCCAGCGGCACCUGCUGCCUGCCUCCCACUAUGUGGCCACCCGCAAGGGCAUUGCCACACUGGCUGUGGUGCUUGGCGCCUUUGCUGCCUGCUGGUUGCCCUUCACCGUCUACUGCCUGCUGGGCGAUGCCCACUCCCCACCCCUCUACACCUAUCUCACCCUGCUCCCUGCCACCUACAACUCCAUGAUCAACCCCAUCAUCUAUGCCUUCCGCAACCAGGACGUGCAGAAGGUGCUGUGGGCCAUCUGUUGCUGCUGUUCCUCUUCCAAGAUCCCCUUCCGAUCCCGUUCCCCCAGUGACGUCUAGUUGCAUCCCUGGUUACCCUUUCAGCCCUGAUCACUACAGAAUUCUAGAAUGUUAGGUUCUCCAGGCUUUAUUCCAAACCCCCAGCUCCACACCCCCAAGACCCAGCUGGUUCUGGAGUUCUAGGGCAUUGGGUGUUUCAGGAUUCUGUUCAGAUCCCUGGGGGGCCCAGCUGGCUCCAUGGUUCUAGAAUGUUCAGGUGGUCAGGGUCGCACUCAGAAAUGGUCCACGGCCUAGCUGGUUUGCAAUUCCAGAAUGCUGGGAGUUUUAUAGUUGCCAUUCCAAGUCCCUCUCCCAAACUUGACCUUGACCGUGUCACUUUACUUUUGAAUUGCUGAGCUAAAGAGAGGUUAGUCACUGAGUUGCCUAGAUAAGAGAAAGAUUUAUCUAUAUAUAUAUAUGUGCACAUACAAAGAGAGUAUCUAUUUAUGGUUUAUUUAUUUAUUUAUAAAUUUAUUUAUGGGUGGUAAGGGGAAAAAAAGAGACCCACGUCUUGAAAUCCAGGCCAUACCGGGGUACCCCCAGUCCUUAUACCCCCAUUUCUGACCUCAAUUCCUGGAGGGGGGAAAGGGAGAAAGAGAAACCACAUAUUUUGUUAUUAUUUUUGCUUAUUUUUUAUCGAAGAGAUCAUAGAAACCAGAGUCUUCUCCCCAGGCCCGCCCCGCUCGGGUUUACAGGGGGAACACACCAGCCUCUGGUUUUUUAUUUUUUUAAGAAGCCAUCACCUGAGCAACCGAGAAUUCCUCUGCGCUGGGGGCUGGCUGCCCUCUGGUGGCCGUUUGGGGGAAACUGCAACCCGGCCAGGCAGCCGGGACCAGAACAUGCAACCCCAACUCCUCUCCAGCCUGGUGUCCAGCGCCAUAGCCAUGGCCUGGGAGCCAGGCCUCACCUUGGGGUGCCCUAGAGGAGGCAGGGCAUGAGCCAACACCCCAUCCCUCUGCCAACUGGGUUAUGGCCCCCAGUGUAUUCCCUGUUCCUGUCCCCAACCCAACUCAAUAAAAAAUGAUUUUGUGAUAAA